UUUCCCUGCCCGUCUGCGUCGCACCCCGCCUCACUUCACCUCGUCCAGUCCAGCUCCAACGCUACAGUACAUGCGCGUUAACUCGACUGCGUUCCGAGCGCGGAUUUUAGCCUCGUAGCGCGCGGACGCGAUCACCUACCUAUCGGAAUUGCCUGUCGUCGACGUCGUCAGCGUCGUCGUCGUCGUCGUCGUCUCUGCUAUUCGUGAGCCCGCGACUCGCGAAUCGAGCGAGAAUGAAAACGUCGCGGUGGAUGACGCGCGGCGCGAGUCGGAUAGUCCCGCGAUACGAGGACUCUCGCGAUAGGUAGAUGGAUCGGUCGAGUCGGUCGGUCGCGAGAAGAGAAUGCGAGAGGGAAGACGCGCCCGUUGCGCGGUGCGCAUCAAUGGCGGCUGCCGACCCUUAUAUUUACCCGAGUACCCAAAAUGGCCGCCCUUCGGAUUUUCGCACGCGAGAGCCUCGCGACGAUCCUGAAUUCCGCGCGGACGUCGAGUCACGUCGCGACGUCGCGCGUCGCCCUCGUGCUCCCUCAGAUUCAACGGAGAUGGAGCAGCUAUAAAUCAUCUCCCACGUACACUGAUUCUAAAAAUUACACAGAUUAUGAAAUAACAAAUGAUCCAAAUGAAUGGAAAUAUGUAGAGCGUUUGUUUAGAUAUAAAGUUGUACCUAAACCACCCACUGGAGAUGUUAAAUUGCCAUCUGGCUAUAAACCAGCAUGUGCGUCACCCACGGAUUAUCCCUAUUUCAUACAACGUACCAGAAAUCAUAUGCAACCUGUAUAUCUAGGUAUAACACACAGAGGAAUGAGAAGACUCACAACAGUUAAAAAUAUUCAAGGAAAUAUAUGGGAAUUGGAUCACGAUAUAAAAAUAUAUUUAAAGAAACGUUUAAGAGUAGCACCUCCUAGCCAAAUACAUGAAUUUUCAGGUGUAAUUAAAUAUAAAGGUGACUAUGUUAAUCGCAUUAAAGACUGGAUGAACAUAAAAGGAUUUUAAAAAUAAUCAGAAAAAGAUAUUUUAAUUA